AGUACGCUAUUUAAUCGGAAUAAACACAAUUAAGUGAAACAGUACGGGUAACAAUGGAAACUAAAAGCACCUAUGAGCUCGGAAGGAGGGUGAUCGAUAUUUUCAACAGCAAAGGGUUCUCCGAUGUUAAUAUCCAGUUCGAAACGGGACCCAAGAAAGGUGACGGGAUUAUUGGUGAAAUAUUUCACGCCAUCAUCAGUGCGGUGAACAAGGAUGGAGUCCCGCGGGAGUUGGAAACGGUCAUCAAGUGCGCCCCCACCAAUCUAACCUUUCGCGAGACCAUGCCAGUAAGAAACAACUUUCUUAGAGAAAUUUUGUAUUACAACAAAAUCGUACCAAUAUUCGAUAACCUGCAGGAUCAAUUCGAGUUAUGUGUGCCGGAGGAAAUAAGAUGCGUUUUCCCUAAAUGUUAUGGAGUUUGUGACGACUUCACACAGGAAAUGUUAAUCCUCGAAGACCUAACUAAGAAAGGAUUCUGUGUGGCGCCUAUACAGAGUGUAGACUACGACCAUGCUGUAAUCAUGCUCCAAACUAUGGCAAAGCUGCAUGCUUUGUCUUUCAUUUACGAACUACGCUACCCGAAAAGAUUUAGAGAAAUGGCGAACCAAAUAAGUGGACACUUGUGUACGCCAUCACACGGAGAAGAAUUCACUAACAAAUGUCUGAUCCAACAUGGAGAAAACACUAUGGCACAAUUCACAAAUGUCAUUACAGACGAAUCAUUGCGGAAACGAUUUGAGACAGUCGCGGGAACCAAUUCGUUUAAAAAACAUAUUGAACUUUCGAAAGCUGGACAAACUAUGGUCAUUCUACACGGUGAUAACUGGCAUAAUAACCACAUGUUCAAAUAUAAGAACGGCAAACCAGUAGAAGGAAUACCAAUAGACUUCCAGUGGUCAAGAUACGGCUCGAUAGCUCACGAUUUCAUGUAUUUAUUUUUAACUGAUUCCGGGGAUUUGCGAAGAAAUAAUUUCCACCAGCUGGUUGACAUAUACUACGCAGAACUGAAAGGCUUUCUGGCUCUCUGUGGGUAUGACGUUAACAAGUUUUGCUCCUACGAACAAUUCAAAGAGGAACUGAAAAAUCAGGUGUUGGUAAGCAUUGUCGUAUACAUGUUUUCUGCACCUUUUUUCAAAAAUCCCGAGGUUACUCUCCCUGAAAGGUUCUCGUCCCCUGCAACAUACUACGCUGUGACUGAAGAAUAUAAACAAACUGUCAAUAACAUGGUCACUGAUUGGGCAAAUUUGGGAUUCUUUUAAACUUUCAUUCGAAUAAUAUUUUUAAUGUAAAUUAAUAUUUGGGGAAAACCUUACACAAAUCGAUCUAGCCUCAAACUAAGCAAAGCUUGUCUAUAGGUACAUACUUAUACAAGUUAAAUAGAAGUUACUACCGUAAACACUAAGAUGUACCUAAGUAGGCUAUGCACUUAGUAUGUAAUUAACUAAGACUACCCAUCUGUUUUAGGGGAGUCCCCUCUGCCAACAAACUGUCUUGCAGUUUGGCAGAAUAAUUAAAUGUAAAAUAGGGUUUAUUUCGCCAGAAUAAUAGUAGAUUGUUAACCAAGGGAUGAAAGGCACUCAUCCCCGCCGAGGUAUUUUGGCGCUCGAACGCAGUGAGAGCGCCUAUAGCCCGAGGCUGAAAUGAUGCCUUUCACCCGAGUUAAACACUCUACUUUUCAUUUCGAAUACGAGGAAAGUAAAAUGCAUGUGUUUUCUUUAAAACAUGACUAAGUAUAUUUUUUUUUAGUAUUUCUUAAGGGUACUUUCAGUUAACAAUUUAUGCAAAAGUAUCGUUAUUUAUGGAACAGACAGUCAAAUAUCAGAAUGGAAAUUGUAUAACAAAAUCCAUUUAAACUCAAAUUUCAAUUGCUUAUCCUAAAAAAAAUUAAAAAAAUCGUACUUCGAACGUAAAAUGCUCUAGUGCAGACACGUAUCAUUUUCUGGACACCU